UACAGGUUUUAUACACGGUUCAAAACUACAAAAUUACCAAUAAAAAUGAGAUAUUUUGGCGGCAUUGAAGGCGGAGCGACGCACUCCCACUUGGUCAUCUGUGAUGAAAGCGGUGCCUCAGUGGGCACGACAAGUGGUCUGGGCACAAAUCAUUGGGGCAUCGGAAUACCGACAUGUGCCCGUCGCAUCGCUGAUAUGGUGGAACGAUGCAAGGAUGAAUGUAACAUACCAAGAGACAUGCCAUUGGCAAGCCUGGGUCUCAGCCUGAGUGGCUGCGAACAGGAAGCUACCAAUCGCGAGCUGGAACUGGAGCUGCGACGUACUUUCCCCACUCUGGCAGAGAACUAUGCCGUCUCAAGCGACACAAUGGGAAGUAUGUUCACGGCUUCCUCCAUUGGUGGGAUCGUCCUUAUCUCGGGAACCGGCUCCAAUUGCUUGCUGCGAAAUCCGGAUGGCAGCACGGCCAAUUGCGGCGGUUGGGGACAUUUUCUGGGGGACGAGGGCAGCGCCUGGUUUAUAUCAUAUCGUGCAACUAAGGUGGUCUUUGAUCAUAUGGACAACCUAAUCAAAUCACCUUUUCCCAUCGAUCAGACCUGGGCGCUCAUUCGUGAACAUUUCAGCAUAGAGACACGCUACGAUUUGCUACCUUAUUGCUAUGCCAAAUUCGAUAAACCCUUUUUUGCCAAUCUGUGCGAGAAGCUAGCGAGGAAUGCCGAAGCCGGCGACAAACUGGCCCUAUCGCUUUUCCACGAGGCUGCUAUCCAUCUUGCCCGUAUGAUCAAGGCGGUACUGUCUAAGGUGCACAAGGACCUGGUCAAGUCUGGUAAUCUGAAUAUUGUCUGUGUCGGAUCGGUGUGGAGCAGCUGGAAUCUGCUGCAGGAGGCUUUCAUCAAUGAGCUCUCGAUAACAAGCAUCGAUUAUAAUCUGAAGUUGGUACGUAUAACAAAAAGCAGUGCUUAUGGCGCCUGUUACUUGGGCGCCGACAGUGCUAAAUUCGAGUUGCCCCGCAAUUAUGCUGACAACUUUGCCGUGUUACACGUCCAUCCAAAUAGCACUCCGAUUAAAAAUGGAGUCACACCGAAUGCUUCUGGCUGUUAACUAAAUAAAAACUGUAUUUUUCAGUCAUUCCAAGAAUUAUCAGUAAAUAAAACAAUAUUACCGUAUCUAGUGUCUGAUGUA